AUGAAUGCAGCCUAUGACAAAUUAACACAACAGCAGAUAAAUCUUCUGCAGGCGGAAGAGGGUACUUCCACCAAACAGAGUAUCCUCUAUAGCAAGGAUAAUGUCUCCAUUUCGAAUGUAACCAGCAGUGAAUCCGGUUCGAUACGUGACAAAUGGGGCAAUGAAAUUGAAUUUUUAUUCUCGUGCAUUGCCUUGUCGGUGGGACUGGGUAAUGUUUGGCGUUUUCCCUUCAUUGCCCUGGCCAAUGGUGGGGGAGCUUUUGUUAUUCCAUAUGUUAUUGUACUGCUGCUGAUUGGCCGACCGGUGUAUUAUAUGGAAGUGAUAUUGGGCCAGUUCUCCAGUCGGGGAUGUGUUAAGGCUUUCGGUAUGGUGCCGUUGAUGAAGGGCAUCGCCUAUGGCCAGGUAUAUUCCACCGCUGUGGCCACCACCUAUUAUGCCAGCAUUAUGGCUUUAACCAUCAAAUAUUUAAUUUCCUCCUUUGCCGAAAUUUUACCCUGGACCUAUUGCCGUUCAGAAUGGGGUCCUGAAUGUAUUGCCACUUCUGAGAUAUUACCUCAAACGCCAAAUGAAACCGUGAGCAAACAUAUUUCAUCAGCUGAGUUAUUUUUCACAAAAUCCGUAUUGCGGGAAGCCGAAUCUUUGGAUGAUGGUUUAGGUGUGCCCAGCUGGGAUUUAAUACUCUGCCUAAUGGCUGCAUGGACCUUAAUUGCCAUCAUAUUAAUCAAAGGUAUACGCAGUUCGGGUAAAGCAUCCUAUUUCUUGGCCCUAUUUCCAUAUGUGGUUAUGUUUGUGCUGCUGUGGCGUGCCUUAACUCUGCCAGGGGCCUUAGAUGGCAUUGUGUACUUUUUAAAACCACAAUGGGAUCAACUCUUAAAUCCACAAGUUUGGUACAAUGCCAUAACCCAAAUGUUCUUUUCCUUGGCCAUAUGUUUUGGUACUCUGGUCAUGUAUGCCUCCUUCAAUAAUUUUCGCAAAAAUGUUUACAGAGAUGUCAUUAUCAUAACCAGUGUCGAUUCAGUAACUUCCAUACUGGCUGGCUGCAUUAUAUUCGGCAUUUUGGGUAAUCUGGCCUACGAAACCAAUAGUUCGGAUAUUUCCAAAGUGGUGAAGGGCGGUGCUGGCCUAGCAUUCAUUUCUUAUCCCGAAGCCAUUGCCAAAUUUAAACAUUUACCUCAGGUCUUUGCCGUGUUGUUCUUCCUGAUGCUGUUGGUCUUGGGCAUGGGCAGCAAUGUCGGCAUGGCUUCGUGUGUAAUAACCGUGAUAAAGGAUCGUUUUGCCUUCCUGCCGCACUGGAUGUUGGCCAUUGCCAUGGCGGUGGUCGGGUUUUUGUGUGGCAUUAUUUACAUGACCCCUGGCGGGCAGUUCAUAUUGAAUUUGGUGGAUUUCUUUGGUUGUUCGUUUAUUGCCCUGUUUUUGGCCAUUGCGGAGCUGAUGACAAUUGCAUGGAUUUAUGGUGUCAAACGUUUGUGUCAGGACAUUGAAUUUAUGUUGGGUGUUAAAACUGGCCUCUACUGGCGUAUAUGUUGGGCUCUCAUCACUCCGGGCCUGAUGUUUGCGGUAUUGGUGUAUACAUUAAUUACUUUGGAACCCUUGACCUAUAAUGGUGUUGGGUAUCCUGUGAGUGUCUACAAUAUGGCUUGGAUUUUGUGGGGCAUUGGUGUGGCUCAGCUGCCAUUAUGGGCUCUGCAUGCCAUUUACAAGCAACAGGGUGACACUUUUAGGGAGAAAUUCUACAACUCAUUGAAACCCUGUCGCAAUUGGGGUCCAGCCGACCCCAAACUCUAUCAGGAAUAUUUACUUUACCGGAGAACAUUACCCGAAAUGGAAGCAGUACCAAAUCCUCAAUCAGAAUCAUUAUGGUCCAGAUUUUGUAAUAAUAUUUUUCAUUGA